AAACAAAUAUUUGCUAAGGUAACUCUCUGAGAUCAGAUCUUGGUCUGGCUCUGGCCUUCAAAGAAAAGUAAAGAGCCAGCGUUCAAGUGGUGCCUGAGACUUGGGACCCACAUUUCGAUGAGGGAAGGGAACCUAUAGAAUUCAAAGAUCCACAUAUUCCUUUGAUCAACGGCUACCCUACGUUUUGCUUUGGCCUUUUCUCAUCCCCUUCUCUCUCUUUAAGCCCUCCCUGCCUCUGCUCCUAACAUUUACUCGCCUGCUUCUUUUUCGAUACUAGAUUUGAUUUUUUUGCGGCAUCUGGGUAUUUCAAACUUUAAAUUUUAUCAUCAAUAUCGUGUUCAAGUUUCUAGAUUUUGUUUUGGUGCUUUGGGCACCUCAAAAUUCAGUUAUUUUUCCUGUUUCCUUGUUGGAUUUUGGCAUCCAAGAAGCUAUUUGAUUCUGUUAAUUCUGUUUUAUUCUCUUAUUUGGGAUUUCUACUGCUAUUGUUGGUGGGAUUGUUGUGGUCUGUCAAUGGGUGCCUUGGAUGAGGGGCAUUUCAACGUGGAGCUUGAGGAUGGAGUGAAAUUAGAUGGCCUUCAGCUGGGAAUUGAAGCAGAACCAGAGACUUUAGCUAUUGAGAAUGCUGUGGCAGUUCUUUUGCAAGGUCUCGGGGAGGAUAUCAAUAGGGAAGGUCUCAAAAAGACCCCACUUCGUGUUGCCAAGGCCCUUCUCCAUGGAACCAAAGGUUAUAAACAGAAGGCAAAGGACAUUGUUCACAGUGCACUAUUCCCUGAAGCUGGUUUGGAUAAUACAGUUGGUCAGGCAGGAGGAGCUGGCGGUAUUGUGAUAGUUCGAGAUCUUGACCUUUUCUCAUACUGUGAAUCUUGCUUGCUUCCGUUUCAGGUUAAGUGUCAUGUAGGUUAUGUCCCAUCGGGUCAGAGGGUUGUAGGAUUGAGCAAGCUAUCUAGAGUUGCUGAUGUCUUUGCAAGACGACUCCAGGAUCCGCAGCGUAUGGCAGAUGAAAUCUGCUCUGCUCUGCACCAGGGGAUCAAACCAGCCGGUGUUGCUAUCAUACUCCAAUGUUUACACAUCCACUUCCCAAAUUUGGAGUCACUCUUGCUGGACUCCAAUCACCAAGGAUGGCUACAGGCACUGGUCAGUUCAGGUUCUGGUGCCUUUGAAAAUAAAAAUGCUGAUAUUUGGUGUGAUUUUUUGAGUCUUCUGAAGUUCAGAGGUAUAAGUGUGGAUAAAAUUCAGAAGAAAGAAUCUAUGGAGCAAUGUUGGUGUCCACAGUCUUCUUUGGGUGCUAUAAUUUCAUCCAAGAUUGGACCACCAAUCCCAGGAAUGGUCACUGCAGUUACAUCAAUUCUCAGGUCUUUGGGAGAAGACCCAUUCAGGAAAGAGCUUGUUGGAACUCCUAGUCGAUUUGUGAAGUGGUUGAUGAACUUCCAGAACACAAAGCUGGAGAUGAAGCUGAAUGGCUUUGGUUUUGGCAGGAUAGAUACUCCUAAAGCUAAUGGAGAUAUCAGCCAUAACAAAGAACAGAUACAUUCUGUGUUGAACUUGCCAUUCUGGUCUCAGUGUGAGCAUCAUUUACUGCCGUUUUAUGGCGUUGUGCAUAUUGGUUAUUUCUGCGCUGAGGGAUUCAGCCCCAUCGGAAAAUCUUUUCUAAAGUCUAUAGUAAAUUUUUAUGGUUUCAAGCUGCAAGUUCAGGAAAGGCUUACCAGACAGAUUGCAGAGACUAUUGCGUCGAUUUUAGGUGGAGAUGUGAUUGUAGUUGUGGAGGCUAGCCAUACUUGUAUGAUUUCUAGAGGUAUUGAGAAGUUUGGAAGUAAUACAGCUACAAUUGCUGUACUCGGUCGAUUUUCAACUGAUCCUGCUGCAAGGGCAAUUUUUUUGCAGAGCAUUCCAAAUACUAAUACUUCUGGAGGAUUUGAUGCUGGUAAUAGUUUACAGAAGUUCUAGUCGUUUUCUACUCAUUCUCUUGGUCAGUUAUUAGUUUGCUUUGGUGCCAGUACAAUAGGGAAUAAUUUCGAUAGCAUUUUGUUGAUCACUGGAGCACGUUUUGAUGUGUUCUACUUAAAUGGUGCGGGAAUUAUGACGAAAAAGAGAGAGAGCCUCUAUGAUUAUCUUCAAAUUUUUCUCCUUAUUCCAAGGGUUGAUCAUUACUUUCACAACACAGUUUUUUCGCAACCUGACUGAAAUUUAGAAGUAUUUAUACCCAUUCAUCACAUGAAAAAAGGGAAAAAAACACCAAUAAUUUUCUGAGAUAUUUUUCCAUUAAUGUAUUAGAGGUCUAUGAGCAGUAAGCAAAAUGUCUUUGACAUUUGAAUAUCAUGGUGACAGAGAGUUUAUUAAAAAGUGCAUGCAGAAAUGCAAUUUCAGAAAUGAUUUGUGGGUUCAUGUUACUUUUUUAUGUAUUGGUUCGAAUAAGAUUACUGCUCCUGGUUAGGUAAUGAGAAGUGAGAAUGGCUGGAACUUGAUAGAUGAUUGGGAAUUUCCAGCUUGAUAGAACAGAUUGUUCCGUAAUUUUCACUAAGAAAAAAGUGAGCAAUUUUUUGCA